CAUAUCAAACAGAGACACACAACAAUGGCUCUAACACUUCGCUCAUCGAUUUCCAUCGUCAAUCAGAAAAAAUCCAAGCUCCCAAAACCAAAACACGACGUUCCCACCAAAGUUCACUUCGUAAAAACCAAGCCAUCAUUGCGUCUCCGAACCAAGUGUUCCAUGCAACAUGCACAUCAUGUCACAAGGAACCACACCAACGAGAAAAUGGAGAAGGUUCAUUCUCCAUCGGUUGCUCAUGGCCACAAGAACGAUUCAAUGAGAGUGCCAGUGUUUGUGAUGCUGCCACUGGACACAGUGACAAUGGGAGGGACUUUGAAUAAGGCGAGAGCAAUGAAUGCUAGUUUGAUGGCACUGAAGAGUGCGGGAGUGGAAGGAGUAAUGGUGGAUGCUUGGUGGGGCUUGGUGGAAAAAGAGGGACCCUUCAAGUAUAACUGGGAAGCCUAUGCUGAGCUUGUGCAGAUGGUUCAGAAACAUGGCUUGAAGCUUCAGGUUGUCAUGUCCUUCCAUCAAUGUGGAGGAAAUGUUGGAGACUCUUGCAGCAUUCCUCUGCCUCCAUGGGUGCUGGAAGAAAUCAGCAAGAACCCUGACCUGGUUUACACAGACAAAUCAGGGAGGAGGAACCCUGAGUACAUCUCCUUGGGCUGUGAUUCAAUGCCUGUUUUGCGGGGAAGGACGCCUCUUCAAGUGUAUUCUGAUUACAUGAGGAGCUUCCGUGACAGAUUCAGAGAUUAUUUGGGCAGUGUUAUCAUUGAGAUUCAAGUGGGGAUGGGUCCUUGUGGGGAGUUGAGAUAUCCGUCUUAUCCAGAAAACAAUGGAACUUGGAGGUUUCCUGGAAUUGGAGAAUUCCAGUGCUAUGAUAAGUAUAUGAGAGCUUCCUUGGAAGCAUCAGCUGAGGCCAUAGGGAAGAAAGAGUGGGGAAGAAGUGGACCCCAUGACUCAGGCCAGUACAACCAAUAUCCUGAGAAUACUGGAUUUUUCAAAAGGGAAGGAACGUGGAACACUGAAUAUGGAAAAUUCUUCCUUGACUGGUACUCCACCAAACUUCUCGAACAUGGCGAGAAAAUCCUUGUAUCAGCCAAAGGAAUAUUCAACUCUUCUGGAGUGACUCUAUCUGCCAAAGUAGCUGGAAUUCAUUGGCACUACAAGGCAAGGUCACAUGCAGCUGAACUAACUGCAGGCUACUACAACACACGGUUUCAUGAUGGUUACUUGCCAAUAGCACAAAUGCUGGCAAAACAUGGAGUUGUGUUGAAUUUCACCUGCAUGGAAAUGAGGGACAGAGAUCAACCUGAACACGCCAAUUGUUCGCCAGAGGGGUUGGUUCAUCAGGUGAAGAUGGCAGCCAGGACAGCUGGAGCAGAAGUUGCAGGGGAGAAUGCACUUGAAAGAUAUGAUGCAGGUGCGUUUUCUCAAGUUGUGUCAACGAGUAACUCUGGUUCUGGUUUGGCUGCGUUUACUUAUCUGAGGAUGAAUAAGAGGUUGUUUGAGGGAGACAAUUGGCGGCACUUUGUGGAGUUUGUGAAAUGCAUGUCUGAAGGUGGUAAGAGACAAAGGCUUCCAGAGUCUGAUUCAUGUGGAACUCAUCUUUACGUUGGCCACAUCGCAGGAAUUCAGAGGAAGCAAGUUCAAGAGGCUGCUCUUGUGUGAACAACUUAUAGCUUAAUGUAUACAGUUAUAGUAUGGUUAAAUUAACUGCAUCGUGAUUUUUAUAGAAGAAAAAAAGUGGGGAAAAGAGAUAGAAUUAUGAUGGGUAUACGCAAGGAAAAUGGCAUAUUUCUACGCCAAACCCUGACAUUAUUCGGAAAAUAUUAUUUGUAUAUUGUUAAAAGUCCAAUAAAUGCUGUUCAGUUAGUUCCUGGAAACUCAUCUUCUGUAUUUCUCAUGAAGUUGAUUGUUUGUUCCAAGAUAAAACCCUAUUCAGUGGAAA